ACCAGGGGAACACAACAGUCUCGAGUCUCACAUCUCUGAAGCCCAGCAGAAGUGUGUGUGUGUGUUUGUGUGUUUAGAGAAGUAGUAGGGCGCUCCUCCAAGAAAAUGAGCAAUAAGCGUGUUCUUCGCUUCCAAAGGACUUCACAAGUACCGGAAAGACAAUAGUAUGAAAUAUCGCACAGAUCGGCUGAAGAGUUGCUGAACAAAGAGCAGCAGCAGCAGCAGCAUGAGCAGGGGUAUAGGUGGAGUAGGUGGAGUAGGUGGUGAAAGGGUUGGUGGUGGUGUAAUGGCUACCCGGGCACAGAGGCGAGUCGCUCCGAGCAUGAAGCAGGAGCCGCAGGACGACGACUCGGACACCGAGGAGACUCCUCUCGGGCUCGGGCUGAAGAAAUCAGACGGGAGAGAGCCGCAGAUCAUCCACAGCGGUCAUUUCAUGGUUUCGACUCCUCACUUCGAGCAUCCGCCGAAGAAAGGCUACGACUUCGACACUGUUAAUAAACAAACUUGUCACACUUAUCACUUCGGCAAGGCGAGCGCAUCGCAUCUCUCCAUCGACGCGUCGCUCACCAAACUGUUCGAGUGCAUGACCCUGGCGUACAGUGGGAGAUUGGUGUCCCCAAAAUGGAAGAACUUCAAAGGCCUGAAACUUCUUUGGAGAGACAAGAUUCGCCUCAACAAUGCCAUCUGGAGGGCUUGGUACAUUCAGUAUGUGGAGAAGAGGGAGAACCCAGUCUGCCAUUUUGUUACGCCUUUGGAUGGGACCAUGGAUUCAGGAGUCCAUCGACCUGCCGAGGCAAUAGCUACAGAAGGAAAAUAUUGGAAGAGAAGAAUCGAAAUUGUUCUACGAGAGUACCAUAAAUGGAGGACAUACUUCAAGAAAAGGUUACAGAAGCACAAAGAUGAUGAUCUUUCCAGCCUUCUCAAGGGGGCAGAGGAGCAGUUCUCGCUGUUUGGCGAAGUGCAUCCCGACAUCCUUCGUAUACCCUUCUACCAGGAUGAUGAGGCAGCAGGGAGCACACGCCGCAGCUCCCGCAGGAGCCGGGACUCUCCCAUACCAAUGGAGAUGGACCCUAUCUUCGACAUGGAUGUGCUCAUGUCCGAGUUCUCUGACACGCUCUUCUCUACGCUUUCCUCUCACCAGCCCGUGGCUUGGCCUAAUCCCAGAGAGAUCGCACAUGCAGGCAAUGCAGACAUGAUCCAGCCUGGCCUCAUCCCGCUGCAGCCCAACUUGGACUUCAUGGACACUUUCGAGCCUCUGCAAGAUCUGUUUCACACCCUGCGUCAGCCCUUCUACCCCACAACCUCACCCACUGCCCCAACCACCACUCCCUUAUCCAACAGCAGUAGCAGCACCCAAACACAGACUUCGUUGUUAUCUCCAAUUAACUUGCCCUCAGAACUGUCCAUCUCACUGGCCCCAAGUCCUCCUACAAUACCCAGUGAAGACUACAUGCCACUUUUCACAGAACAAAUACCACCCUCGGCCCCCGUCAUGCCACCCCCAGCCCCUCUCCCUCCUCCGCCCUCUCACCCCCUGCAGUGCCAGGCUGCUGUCCCUAGGAGCUCGUCUCCGUCCACGGUCACACAGAUAGGCCAUUCCUCAGUGACACCCAGCACCACUGCCACUCACAGGUCAACCUUUGCCCUUUCACCCAGGCCUACUCGUCAAGAUCAGUCUCUCCCAUGUAUCUCUUUGCCCCCUCAGCCUCAGAGCUUUGCCAUGCCACGACCCAUCCAGCCUGCUGGCUCUACUAAAAAGAGCCGCCAUGUACCCAUAGUCCCUGCUACUCCAGUUCAAUCACCUCACCUCAUACUGACAGGACCUGCCGGUGCUGUUCUUGUCACUCCGUCCACUCUUAAAACCGACGUGGCCUCUACUGCUGGUGUGGUCAUCACCUCGGCCAGUAUUCCACGCGGACCUGGCUUCCACAUUCUCCCACCAAGUCAGAAUUCUGCUCAGCACAUUGUGCCUAAAGAGGAAACCACCUUAUCCAGUAAUAAGAACUCAGCAGCUUGCACAGCAUUAGAUGGGAGAACUUCUGGUCAAGGCUCACCUUUAGGGCCAGAGCAGGUGCCGAGCCCACAGUCCCCACUCAGCAGCACCUCAUGCCUGGCCAAGAACGAGCCCAAUCAGAAUCGUCGUGUGAAACACAAAUCAGCUGAGCAGAAAAGGCGAUCCAACAUCAACAUUGGCUUCAAGACACUGUGCAGCCUAGUUCCCUCUCUCAAAUCGCAGUCAAAUAUCAGUAAUGCUACGACCCUUCAGAAGACGGUGGAGUACAUCGGAAAGCUGCAACAGGAGAGGCACCAAAUUCAGGAGGAGACGAGGAGACUGCGGGAGGAAAUUGAGGAGCUCAAUGCAUCCAUAAAUUUAUGUCAGGAACAACUUCCAGCCACAGGAGUCCCCAUUACACGCCACCGAUUUGAUCACAUGAAGGAGAAGUUUGAUGAGUAUGUAAAGAACAGAACUCUGCAGAACUGGAAGUUUUGGAUCUUUAGCAUCAUAAUUAAGCCUUUGUUUGAGUCCUUCAAUGGCAAUGUGUCAACCACCAACAAGAGCGAGUUGUGUGAGACCACCAUGCAGUGGCUGGACCGAGACUGUGCACUGCCCGUCCUCAGACCCAUGGUUUUAGGAACUCUGAGACAGCUAAGCACCACCACGUCCAUCUUGACGGACCCAACACUCCUUCCAGAAGAAGCUAAGCAGGCCGUCGUCAACUCCAGACACCACUCCUAGCCCCUUACUUGCUUUCAAAUCAUGAUUUAACUUGUAUAUAUCUCGCAAAGGCCCAGCAAUAAUGCAGGACAUACUCAAGAGGCUCAAAAGGACAUUGUGAUACCUUCAUGUGCCGUCUGCUUAAGUGAUAUUGCUCUACAGUCAGAUAAACAAUAAUAAAAUGCUAGAGAAGUGUUCUUCCUUGCCAUCCUCAGUGCUUUUAUAGCAGUAAGAGAGAACCAUAGCUUUGGUUUUUAACAGUGUUAAAAGGGCUGCUAUAGACAUAAUGGACUUUGUUUUAAAGGGAAACAGAAGUUAAGUGCUAACUUCUAUAAAAAGUUCAAAAGCCUUAAUAGAAUCCACCAGUUGUAGCAAAUGAAUCUCAACACACUUGUUUGACAAAUCAAAGGCCUUUGGUUUGUAAUCCUUAAAAUUAUAUUGUUUCAUUAAAUAGCUUUUUUCUUCUUUUAUCCAAUUUUUUUUUCAUUUGAGAGGAUUUAAAACAAGCAGUUUGAGGGUUAAGUGCCACGCUCAAACAGUGGCUGUCUUCCAGUCGAAGGAUUUGAACUCUCAGAACUCUCACUCUUUUGGUCGCUGGCCUUACAGUUGAUUAAAAGUGUUCUUUGCACUACACCUUUACAGGAGUUUGUUCAUUUUAAGCCUUAUAGAGACUAUUUUAAGCACUAUUAACAGGUGUAGGUGUUUUUUUUUUAUUUUUGGACAUACAGUCUUUUCUGUCUUCCAGCUGUGAGAUUUCUCCUACGAUUAAGCUCCUUUGUGUCUUAUUCUAUAUUUUAGAGUAUCAGUCAUGUAAGAUUUAUUCCGAUUUGCCUGAUAAGCCUUAUAUACAGCAGGGCUAUGAGUAAACUUGCUAAAAUAA